AUGGGCGAGUACUCGAAAGCACUUUCAUCGUUAGAAACAUCACUUCAAAUUCUCAAAAUAGCUCUUCCUCCCAAACAUCCCGGCUUGGCUAAUUCGUACAACAACAUUGCUUUGGUGUAUUCUCACAUCGGUGAAUAUUCGAAAGCACUUUCAUCGUUAGAAAGAUCACUUGAAAUCCGAAAAAUAGCUCUCCUUCCGAAUCAUCCUGACUUGGCUGCUUCCUACAACAACAUCGCUUCAUUGUAUUAUAAUAUGGGCGAGUACUCGAAAGCACUUUCAUCAUUAGAAAGAUCACUUGAAAUCUUCAAAAUAGCUCUCCCUCCGAAUCAUCCUGACUUGGCUGCUUCCUACAACAACAUCGCUUCAGUGUAUGAUAACAUGGGCGAGUACUCGAAAGCACUUUCGUCGUACGAAAGAUCAUUUGAAAUCUUCAAAAUAGCUCUCCCUCCAAAUCAUCCCCACUUGGUUAAUUCGUACAACAACAUUGGUAUGGUGUAUUCUCACAUGGGCGAGUACUCGAUAGCACUUUCAUUGUUAGAAAGAUCACUUGAAAUCCAAACCAUAGCUCUCCCUUCAAAUCAUCCUGGCUUGGCUACUUCCUACAACAACAUCGGUAUGGUGUAUUCUCACAUGGGCGAGUACUCGAAAGCACUUUCCUCGUUAGAAAGAUCACUUGAAAUCCGAAAAAUAGCUCUCCCUCCGAAUCAUCCCGACUUGGCUCAAUCCUACAACAACAUCGGAGGGGCGUAUUAUAACAUGGGCGAGUACUCGAAAGCACGUUCAUUGUUAGAAAGAUCACUUGAAAUUCAAAAAAUAGCUCUCCCUCCGAAUCAUCUCGAUUUCGCUAAUUUCUACAACAACAUCGGUAUGGUGUAUUAUAACAUGGGCGAGUACUCGAAAGCACUUUCAUCGUACGAAAGAUCACUUGAAAUUCGAAAAAUAGCUCUCCCUUUGGAUCAUCCCGACUUGGCUAGUUCCUAUAACAGAAUAGCUAUGGUGUAUGAUAAUAUGGGCGAGUAUCCGAAAGCGCUUUCAUCGUACGAAAAAUCACUUGAAAUCCAAAAAAUAGCUCUUCCUCCGAAUCAUCCCGAUUUGGCUAAUUACUACAAAAACAUCGCUUCAGUGUAUUAUCACAUGGGCGAGUACUCGAAAGCACUUUCCUCGUUAGAAAGAUCACUUGAAAUCCGAAAAAUAGCUCUCCCUCCGAAUCAUCCCGACUUGGCUCAAUCCUACAACAACAUUGGAGGGGUGUAUUAUAGCAUGGGCGAGUACUCGAAAGCACUUUCAUCGUUAGAAAGAUCACUUGAAAUCCAAAAAAUAUCUCUCCCUCCGAAUCAUCCCGACUUGGCUAGUUCCUAUAACAGGAUAGCUAGGGUGUAUGAUAAUAUGGGCGAGUACUCGAAAGCACUUGCAUCGUUAGAAAGAUCACUUGAAAUUCGAAAAAUAGCUCUCCCUCCGAAUCAUCCUGACUUGGCUAAUUCCUACGACAAUAUCGGUACGGUGUAUUCUCACAUGGGCGAGUACUCGAAAGCACUUUCAUCAUACGAAAAAUCACUUGAGAUUUUGACAAAGUCGGUGCCUUCUACUCAUCCUCAUUUAGUACUUGUGAAAAGAAGCAUUGAAAAUUUAAAGAACAGAUUUUAG